AUGGCAUUCUAAAUUUGUGCGCAAGUGAUUAAAUGGUGAGCGUCGCGUUUUCUUUUUGGACUAUAAAUUUUCUCAUGUUUAACGAACAUUGAAGUGUUUUGCGUGCGUUCGUGCGUAAGUUUAGUGCUCGGAAAAAUUGUUAGCGUUUAUUUUAAAUUUUGUAAGGAAUUUUUUGUGUGUUCUGUCUGGCUUGGGAACGAGACCAGCGUAAGCAAUGGCUCAGCUUCCGCCGCGAAAGAAUCCUACGCCAACUAGAAUUUCAAAGCAACACCUAACACCAUUGCAGACAUUACUGCAAAUGGGCUUCACAAAGCAUCGAGCCGAAAAGGCUUUGGCCGCUACCGGCAACCGAGGAGUUCAAAUUGCUUCCGACUGGUUGCUUGCUCAUGUAAAUGAUUCUACUUUGGACGAAAAUAAUCCUCGUGAAUACAUCUUAUAUGCAUGUCCAACUGGCCCCUUUCUGCAACAGCUAGAGGAAUUCUGGAACAAGUCACGCAUGGUUUGCGGUUGGAACGGCGCUCACAACUAUGUGCCACAUAUCACACUGGUUUCAUUUUUCAAGGCACCUGAUGAAAGUUCACUACAAUUAUCCAAAGCUCUAAAACAGGUGGUUGACAUGAGUGGAGCACUUCUAGAUCGUCCAUUAAAGUUGGAGCCCUAUAUGAGUCAGAAUUUUAUGGGGUUCUUUGUAGCCGAAGAAGAUGCAAACUAUUUAAAACGGUUAUCACUGCAAUACGUUAAGGAGGUGUCCAACUCAAUCAUAAGCGACACGUAUGAGCAGCUCGAUGCAAUAGUCGCAUGCUUCCCAUGGUGCGGUGCUGUUUCGUCCGGUACACGUUGUAUACCGCGUAGUAGUCGAUCUAUAUCUUUGGAGCCGCACGUAAAAUCACUGCACCUUACCUUAGCGUAUCAGUUUCCGCAGAACCAAUUCAAUGCACUGAAAACAUUAGUGGAAUCGCUUGAUGCAUCCUGCGCCACCAAUUGGGAGCUGCGUCUGUACUCGCGCGACCCUCGACUAGCCACUAAACAAGUGCAUAAAGUGGUGUACCCCCAUAGUCCGCAUGAAAUCGAUGAACUGGAGUUGCGCAUCGGCGAUUACAUUUAUUUGAAUACAGAUGCAGUUGACAAUUCGUGUGAUGGCUGGGCCGAGGGAAUUUCGUGGCUAACAGGCAGCUCCGGACAUUUGCCUGUGAAUUACACUGAACGAACCGCCGAGUCGGACGCGUGGACACUUCAUCGUGUUGUGCAAUUGUCCAAGUCGAUGACACCUUCACUAACAUCGGGCGAAGAAAUUGACAUUGUGGACGGGCGUAGUAUUUCUAUUGAGCACGAUGAACAGCAUAUAGACUUGCAUCAUCAAAUUGGUCUGCCGCCUGAACUAAUCGAGGGCUCGUCUUUUAAUGAGGACUCUGAAAAUAGUGUGGAAAAGUAUUUGCGCAAAACAUUGCAACCUUGCUUGGAUUUGCCAUUGGUGCAGGGCCUCAGCAAUCACAACGUAACGCACAAUAGCAAUCAGCAGGCAAGUCAUCAGGUAGUGCAGCGGCAGAACAUACAUCAAGACACGUCAAGUUUUGAAAUGAGUUCACCUCACGUCAUGGAGGUCGCUAAACGGCGAGGUGACAUGGAGAUAAUGGUGGAACCGAUUGGGGUGGCGGUGCCACGCGCCGAUGACACACUGAGCACUGACUCGGAGCGUUCGCACGAGGCUACGAGUCUUGAAGCAAAGUCGUCCAAAUGCCGUCGGGUAUACAUAAUGCGGCACGGGGAGCGUGUGGAUUUCACCUUCGGCACCUGGGUACCAUAUUGCUUCGAUGAAUUCAGCAAUUACGUACGCAAAGACUUAAACAUGCCCAAAAAAUUGCCACGAAGACAAAGAUGUCCUGAAGGCUGGCAAAAUGACUCACCACUCACCAAUAUUGGUCUUUACCAAGCGAAAUUGACUGGGGAAGCAUUACUUGAAUCCAACGUGUGCAUCGAUCAUGUUUACUGUUCACCAGCCUAUCGCUGCUUGCAGACUUGCACUAGCACCCUGGAAGGUUUGCAGUCACGUCACAAAUUCAAAAUAAAAUUGGAACCGGGUUUAUUUGAAUGGAUGGCUUGGUAUCCGGAAGGUGUGCCCGAUUGGUUGAGUAAAUCAGAGUUGCUGGAGGCUGAUUAUAAUGUGGAUACUAAUUAUCAGCCCUUUAUGUCUGCGGAUGUGUUGAAUGAUUGCAUUAAGGAAACCACUGAAGAGUUCUAUACGCGUAAUUAUGAAAUUAUGCGCAAAAUCAUUGAAACGACAAAGGGUAACAUUUUGAUUGUGGCUCACGCUACCACUCUCGAUACGUGCUCACGUCAAUUGAUUGGAGCGCCACCCCGUAGUACAAAUGAAUUGCGCCAAGUAAUACACAAAAUACCAUAUUGCAGUCUAGGCACUGUAGAGGAGGUAGAUGCCGGCGUCUGGAAGCUGGUGGAACCUGAAUGUUUGCCCGUCACACAUUCGAAAAACCCUCGCUUUGAAUGGAAUGCACUAACUGCCACAUAGUGUUCGUGCUUUGGUGAGAUGCUGUUGGUAGCUGAAAAUCGCGUCGGAAAACCUUUGUGAAAAUAUAACAGUUUCAAAACAACUUUUUGAUCUGCAACACCGAAGUAAUUGGAAGUAUAAAAUUUUAAUUGAAUUUAAUGGAUGAUUUUCUUAAGGACGAUAGAAACGUGUACUCUUCUUUUCGGCUGCAUAUUUACAUGCCGGUUCAACCAUGUCAGUGAUAUAAUUGUAAAUUACAUUUGUGGUUAGUUAGGUCGAAAAUAUACAAAUAUGAGCAUGAAAUGUACUCGGUGCUUCUGAAAAUAUGGUACAAUUUUCGUUUCUUAUGCUACAUCCUUUCAGCAAAGUACAACUUCAAUUACAAUUCAAUAACUUUUGCGAGUUUGUCUAUUUUAGCGCAAAAGUAAGUGCAUAUUCUUGAUCUAUAAUCGAAAACGCGAUAAUAAAGUUUAAUUUGCGCUCAUCAAAGAAUCAAAAAUCUAUAUAUUCAUAUUUUUUUUUUUUAAGAAAAGAAGUCCGCAAUGACGCUCAUUAUAUUUGUAAUUAAGAAUUCCAGAACUUAAAUAGUUGUAUCAAAUGAUAUACCAGCUAUUCUAAAAUAUUUGGCAUUGAUUGCAAUAGCAUCUGCCUGAACUCUUAACCACCCUCCGAUGGUUAGCAGUUGGCGUCUUCUGGACCGUGGUUUACGAUUUGUUUAAAACAGCAAAAGCUUAGAGCACGUUGAUUUGAAAUACAAUGGAAACCAAUAUUAAACAUAUUUACACGUAUUUAAUUUAUGAAAUGAAAAGUUGUCACAACCAAACACAAAUGAAGGUCAAUAAAUAUUGGUGCAUAUUGAUAUGUAUCUCGAAAUAA